GCUCUAUCCUCCUAUCGGUGCCGCAGGAAAAGCGCAGAGAAGACGCUGCGGAGGAGAUAGAGGGAGAGAGGAAAACAGUUAGAAAAGAGACGAACAACAUGUACACCAACGGACUAUUCGGUUAAUGCGUGAUACGGGCCCCCGGGUGGCGUCGGACGGCAGCUCUCCUCCUCUGCCGCACAGCUGCGCCGUUAUGUCGGACAACCCGAGGAGAAUAAUGUCAGGGAAGGGAGGAGAUCUUCAGAAAUCCUGUCGCUGAACUGCGCUGUGCUGUCAGGGUUUAAGGAUACCACUGGAACAUUAAAAAAAUAACGGAUGAAGGUGCUCGUGUAAGCGAGGAGCGCCCUGUGUUAUCCAACAUCGUCGUGCUCUCCAACAACCAGGCCACGCGCAAAGUUUUUUUUUUUUUUUUUUCCCACAUUUUUUUGUCAGGAGAAGGGGAAAUUUCUCUGCAUUGAAUUCCUUUGGACGGGAUGUCAUCCGCAGCCAGGAGGAGUUCCUCUGGCUGACUGAUCGUCCGGCUGCUGUGUAGUAACGAGAGAGAGAGAGAGAGAGAGAGAGAGAGAGAGAGAGAGAGAGAGAGAGAGAGAGAAGAUGGGAGAUGCGGCAGACGACAGCGGGAUGAGACGGACCUUCAUCGUCCCUGCCAUCAAGAGCUUCGACCACUACGACUUCACCAGGGCCAAGAUCUCGUGCAGCCUGACGUGGCUGGUGGCCAAGGCUUUCGGCUCGGACGCAGUACCAGAGGAGCUGGUGGAGCCUUUAUACCGGGACCAGUACAACCAGGAGCACCUGAAGCCUCCGGUGGCCUGCCUGCUCCAGUCCGCGGAGCUCUACUGCCGGGCGGGAAGCCUGAUCCUCCGCAGCGAUGCUGUCAAACCGUUACUGGGACACAACGCUGUCAUCCAGGCUCUGGCGCAGAAAGGCCUGUACGUCACGGACCAGGACCGACUGGUCACUGAGAGAGACCUGACCGGCAUGCCUAUACACAUGAGUUCCCAUCUGGCGCUCAUUGACACCCUGAUGAUGGCGUAUACUGUGGAGAUGGUGAGCGUGGAGAGAGUGAUGACCUGCAUCAACAGGUGCUCCUCCGCUGAACCCUCACAUGGUGACGGACACAUCCAGGAGCUGCCUUAUGACACCGAGGAUGCAAUUGCCACUUGGAUCAACAAGGUGAAUGAACACCUGAGGGACAUCCUUGUUGAAGAGCAAAAGCUGAGAGAGGACUCCCUCCAGGAGUCAAACUCAACAACACACAAAUCUCCUAGCAAAUGGUACUGGAGAUUAGUACCUGCUCGCUACAGGAGGGACCCUGUCCAGCAGAGGAGCGCUCCGUCGCUCCCCCUGGUGGAGAACUUGCUGAAGGACAACACGGACGGCUGCGCUCUGACCACCCUGCUGCAUUUUUACUGCCCACAGGCCGUCAGACUGGAAGAUAUUUGCCUCAAGGAGACCAUGUCUUUGGCCGACAGUCUGUACAACCUUCAGCUGGUGCAGGAGUUCUGCAGGAACAACCUCAACCACUGCUGCCACUUCAGCCUGGAGGACAUGCUCUAUGCACACGCAUCUAUAAAGAGUAACUACCUGGUGUUUAUGGCUGAGCUUUUCUGGUGGUUUGAAGUGGUUAAACCCUCAUUUGUACAGCCCAGAGUCUUUGAUCCAAACGCCUGUGAGCCUGUAUCGUCCUGUAGAAAUAUGGCUCCUGUUUCCAGUCCAAUCACACAGAGCUAUGCAGACACACCUGACAGCCCUGAGAAUGCCCCGUCACAAGGUAUAAUGAAGAGGUCUAUCUCCAUGUCCUACGUGGAGGGCUGUGUUGGGACAUGGCCCAAAGAAAAACGCUCCUCCUGUCGGGGCAUCUCCUUUGAGAUUCCUCUGGACGGAGACCCGACAGUGCCGCCCUGUGAAGCUCCCUCCCUCGGUGGUAUGACCCGCUCUGUCAGCAGUGACGGUCUUGGAUUCAAAGUUCACUAUGCGUCUCGAGGGGUCAUGAAGCGCCACCUCUCCCUCAUGCCCGUCAGUGUAAACGGCCAGAGCAGACACAUACCUGAGGAGGACGAUGAGUUCACCUCCCACAAACCCCUCGGGAGGACCAACACCUUCUCAGUCAAGAACCAAAGCAGGUACUCCAAUGGGCUCCCAGAGAGCCACCACAGCCCCAACAAUCACCAUGGCAACCGCAGUAGCCAAAUCAGCCCAUCAAGUCCUCCGAGCAUCGAGGAGGCCCUGAAGAUUAUCCACGACACUGAACAGCCCCACGCUAGCCUGGGCGUGGGGGACGGAGACAAUGGCUUCUUUCUCCACGGUGCGGACCCUUCAGACCCUUCAGGGGCCCACGGUCUAGGAGACAACCUGGGUUCAGCUAAGGCUCAGCUGAACGACCACGACCCCAACUCUGUGUCCACAGAUGAAGUUGACACAGGCAUCCAUGUGGGGACAGAGGACAUCCAGAGCUUGGAUGAGGACUCCUCCUCCCUGAAAGACUAUUCAGACAUAGACCCAGACUGUGAGGCCAUGACCCGGUCGUGUCCUCUGCCUGACCAGCCGGAGGAGAAGAGCAGAGAAGGAGGACGGAAAGGAGUCAGUGAUGCUAACCACGAGGGUGAGAGGGGAGACGGGGGCGACAGGGGCAGCCCCUGUCCCAGUUCAGCGCCCACAAUCCCCAGAUCCCACACAGUCAGCCCCGCCUCGUCCUCUGGAGGAGGCAUGGUCCGGAUGACGAGCUUUGCAGAGCAGAAGUUCAGGAAGCUGGAGGGAAGGAGUAGUGGAGGAACCACACCGGAGAGUUCAGAUCUCAAUGUGCCAUAUACACACCUGCCAAAAAGCAUUUCUUCUCAGAUGUCUACACCUCCUUUGCCAAUCACAUCUCCCUCUCCAGUAACGCCCUCCCCCAGAGACCCCUCCCACCUGAUAGCCACAGAGAUGAUUCAGCUGAGGAUGAAGCUGGAGGAGAAACGGAGAGCCAUUGAAGCCCAAAAGAAGAAGGUGGAAGCAGCUUUCACACGCCAUCGUCAGAGGAUGGGCAGAACAGCCUUUCUAAAUGUGGUGAGAAGAAAAGGAAUCACUGCCCCCCUCAGCCCCAGCUCGGGCGCAGCAGAAGCACUUUCUCCAGAGUCCCUCACGGCCUCGAAGGAAACCAACCAGGGCAGCAUGGAGCGGGCGGAGAGAUGCAAGCCAGACGGAGCAGCUCCUAAAUCCCCCUGUGAGGAUGCUGGAGGCGCGUCUCCGGGAGAAAUCGACCUCACAGAAUACACUCGCUCCAUUGAGAGGCUGAACACGUCGUUGGGCUUCCUGCAGACAGAGAUGCAGCGUUUGGCCCAGCAGCAGGAGACGAUCAUGUCCAUGAGAGAGCAACAGCAACAAUCCUGGGUCAUUCCUCCUCCUGCUCCAUCUCCGCACAGGCAGCUCCGUGAGUUGCGUAGCAGCAGUGUAACGGGCCGGGGAUCAGGACGAGGCUCGGUUGGGUCUUUGUCUCCCAUCCUUUCUUCUUCCGGCUCUCCCCGCACUCCCAACCGUUCCCCUGCUGGCAUCAAGCGCCGUCCGGCCUCCUUCCAUGCCAGGACACCCAGGACUCCACGACCAAAUGAUCUGAAGGUCACACCUUUCAGUCGAAUGCUCAACACCCAGACCUCAGUGGACAGCAUACCCAGACUCAGACGUUUCACCCCCAGCCAAAACCAGGAUAGCCCGUUUGCGUACCUGGGCCACGACGAGGGGCCUCUGGAAAGCAGGAACGAAGAGACCAAGGACAACAAAGAAAACACUAAGGACAAAGAAGACGUAGUGGUAAAGAAGAGUGCUGGCACUCCUCAGCUGUCUACUGAAGAAGCAGCCAAAGAGAAGGAAGACGAGCGACAGGAGGAAAGAAAGGGCGAAGUCAAGCAAACACAGUCGUCAGAGGUGUUGUGUCAACCGGUGUCUGAGAUCCAAGGGCCCACAGGCAGCCGGGUCAAGGGAGACCCCCAGGACAGAAGACACCUGGUGGAGGUGACUCUGUCUGGGCUGAAACCUCCAGAAGGACGACCCCACAGCAAGGAGACGACGGGAGACGGUGAAGGAGAUGGAGAGGCAGGAGGAGACACGUAUGGAAAAGACCAAAAGAUGUGCUGUGGAUUCUUCUUCAAGGAUGAUGUGAAAGGGGAGGAGGACAUGGCAGCAAAGAAAGCAGCUCUGCUGGAGAAGAGGCUUCGGAGGGAGAAGGAGACUCAGGUGAAGAGGCAACAGCAGGAGCUGGAUCAGGAGCAGAAGAAGGAGUCUGCACGGUUGAAAGCCGAGGAGGAGCUGCAGAAGAAGGAUAAUGAGAAGGCGAGGAGGGAAUACAUCAAGCACGAGUUUUUGAGGAGGAACCAGCUCAAGCUGGAGGACAACAUGGACGAGGUCAUCAAGCCCCGAUCUGGAAGCCUGAAGAAGAAGCCGCGGCCCAAGUCCAUCCACAGGGACGUCAUGGAGUCGCCUACGCCCCCUGUGAGAGCCACAGGGGUGCGUCCUCGAGGAUUCUCAGUGUCGAGUGUUUCUUUGGCGUCUCUCAAUCUGGCUGACCACGACAGAGACCACCCAAAUAACAGGAAGAACAACAGAGGCAAUAAACUAGCCCAUAUCCCGUUCUUUCUAAGCUCUCCCAAAGAAAGAAAGGGAAGGCCGGACUCUGCAGAAGGUUUUUCUUCUUGUCCUUCGACUGAUGGUCGCAACGGAGAGAAGGAUUGGGAAAACGACUCCAACACCUCAUCCACUCCCUCCAACAAUGAGUACACAGGACCUAAACUAUACAAGGAGCCGAGUGCCAAGUCCAACAAGUACAUCAUCCAGAAUGCCCUGGCUCACUGCUGCCUGGCUGGCAAGGUCAACGAAGGCCAGAAGAACAAGAUACUUGAUGAAAUCGAGAAAUCCGAAGCCAAUAACUUCCUUCUGUUGUUCCGUGACGCCGGAUGCCAGUUCAGGUCCGUGUACGCCUACUGCCCGGAGACAGAGGAGAUCACCAAACUGGCCGGCAUCGGGCCGAAGAGCAUCACGAUCAAGAUGAUCGAGGGCCUGUAUAAGUACAACUCGGACAGAAAGCAGUUCAGCCUGAUCCCGGCCAAAACCAUGUCCGCCAGUGUGGACGCCAUCACCAUCGCCAGCCAUCUGUGGCAAACCAAGAAGCAGGCCACGCCCAAAAAACUGCACACUAAGUAGCACCAGACGGCCGGGCAAGAUUUGGACACGCUUCUCUGGAACGAGCACAGGAUAAUUUGUGUGUUAGUUUUACAUUUUCAUUAAAAGGACACAUGGUCUCACUGUAAUAUUUCACAACUGGAAUGUAGAACACAAGUGGGCCUCACAGACAUUGUUGUUACAGAGUUGACUGUUACGCUCUGGACUAAUUAAACGGGACACAAGUGUUUACUUGUCAGCAUGUGUAUCAAUGUUCUCACGUGCCAAAAAAAAGGAGAAGAAAACAAAAGGCGGACCAAUGCCUUACCUAGUUGAACCACUGAAGCACUGAAUGUCACGCCUCACAAAGAGGCACUUUGGUUUCUAUAAGUUGAUCAUGUGUGGCCUUAUGCUUGUUUUGUGUCAUUUGGAUGCGCUGUGAGUGUCGGUGUGAGUUUGUCAGCACCUGUUAAAAAAAGACUGUUGUGAUAAAGGAGAGUUUGUGUGCACUCGCAGGUCUGGGAUCAGAUUACGCCCCCCUCAGGCAGGUUGUUGCAAGGGUGGCCUGUCUGAUCCGUGAUCAGGUAGAGGCAGCAUUUUUUUAUGAGAAUUUUGCUGCUACACAGGCACGUUUUUUUAGUUCUUGCUUUUUUUUCCUUUUUUUUUUUUUUUUUUUUUUUUACAUGUGACUGAAAAAUGUAUAAACAUUUCAAAUUUGUGUAUGUGUGUGUGUAUAGUGAAGUGCCAAGAAGAGUGAGGAAAGUACCUCAGCUGGCGAUUGCAAUUACUUUCCAAAAGUGUGGAAUGAUGAGAGUAUUGAGCAUAUGGAGCGCCAUGAAACAAUUCUGGAAAGCACCUGCUAUAGACUCUUAAUUUAUUUCAUUUUGAUAAUGCUUUGAAGAUAUUCUGAAAGGCGUUUUCGAUUUUAUUCAGAGAAACAUAAUAUACUGUACGUAUAUAUAAGUGAAGUUUGUAUAUGAUGGCAGAUCCAUCCAACAUGAGCGAGUCCGCUUGUAGCUUUUAUAAUUUAUCACGUAUGUGUAUCAGUAUGUUGUACUUUGGGGCCUUUAAUUAUGCUACAAAUGCAAAAAGUCUGAUCACUCAACAGUAUCACUGGUAAGACGAUCAUCAGUAGUAGAAUAUAGACGGAAGUCCCACCCUGUGUCAUCAGUCUGUGCAGUUUAAGAGUAAUUGGAAUAAUCACCAUCGACCAUGUUGCAGUUGGAACUAACAAAUACUUAAAAAGCCACUUUAAUGUGGAUGUUGUCUUAACUGUUACGAGCUUGUUUACCCUCAAAGUAGAUUGUAAAUAUAUGAAUUCACCCACGAUGCUUCCCCAAGACCCUGUCCACUGUCGUCAGGACCGUCAUGCUUGUUACUUUACUUUUACAUUACUUUUUAUCACAUGUUCCUUCUGCAUGUGUUGGCACUGUACAUAUAUAUUUUGGCAUAUAGAAGUAUUUUUUGUAAUGACAUUGACCUGUUGGAGGUGUGUACUAAUGAAGCAGUACAGCCGUUGAAGGAAGUGUGUUGAAAGCAAAGGCAAGGUAUAUGAAAUCUUAGUGAGGUUUUAUUGAGGUAUUGUAUGAAAUCCAUGAAGCAUACUGAGAAAACCAUUGUAUUUUUUCCAACUCUGAAUUCAUUUUCUGUUCAAUUUACUAAAUAUGCUCAACUGUUCAUGGGUUUAUGUUGUUUUUCUAUUACUUUGAGCUUUAUUAAAAUGCCAGCUAUCAACAGUA